GGAGAGCGGUGCGACUUUCAUCGCCGACCGAUGGUGUUUGCAAUCCGCGCAGAUAAGGCAGUUCGGCGCGCCAAGGCCUGCACUCUUUGGCGGUACUUCGUUCCAGCCAACUCACAAAGCCUAAAAAUGCAGGCCAAGAUGCAGACUCGCGCCGUCUCCGGCCGCGCUGCCGCCCGGUCGCGUGUGUCCACCACCAAGGUGGUGUGCCGCGCCCUCAACUCCAUGGAGUCGCCCUACGCGGAGGAGCUGAAGAAGACCGCGGCCUACAUCUCGCAAAAGGGCAAGGGCAUUCUGGCCUCUGACGAGUCCAACGCCACCACCGGCAAGCGCCUGGAGUCUGUGGGUGUGGAGAACACCGAGGACAACCGCCGCGCCUGGCGCGAGCUGCUGUACACCGCGCCCGGCCUGGGGCAGUACAUCAGCGGCGCCAUCAUGUUUGAGGAGACGCUGUAUCAGAAGGCGCGCGACGGCCGCCAGUUUGUGGACAUUCUGCUGGCCCAGGGCAUCUACCCCGGCAUCAAGGUGGACACCGGCCUGCAGAUCCUGCCCGGCGACAAGGGCGAGACCACCACCCAGGGCCUGGACGGCCUGGCGGACCGCUGCAAGGCCUACCGGAAGCAGGGCGCUCGCUUCGCCAAGUGGCGCGCUGUGGUCAAGAUCGGCGAGGCCGGCUGCCCCUCCACCACCGCUGUGCUGGAGAACGCGCACGGCCUGGCCCGCUACGCACAGAUCUGCCAGGAGAACGGCCUGGUGCCCAUUGUGGAGCCCGAGGUGACCCUGGGCCCGGGCGACUACUCCAUUGAGGAGACCGCCUUCUGGUCCGAGCGCGUGUACAGCCACACGAUGCGGCUGCUGAACGAGUACGGUGUGGUGCUGGAGGGCAUCCUGCUCAAGCCCAACAUGUGCCUGCCCGGCCUGGACGCGCCCGUGGCCUCGCCCCAGCUGGUGGCGGAGGUGACCACGCGCACCAUGAUGCGCUCCAUCCCGCCCGCAGUGCCCGGCAUCCACUUCCUGUCCGGCGGCAUGAGCGAGGAGGAGUCCACGCUCAACCUGCAGGCCCUGAACGAGGCAUGCCCCAACGCCCCCUGGGCCCUGACCUUCUCCUACGGCCGCGCCCUGCAGUCGUCCACCCUCAAGACCUGGGCCGGCAAGGAGUCCAACUGGGCCGCUGCUCAGGACAUCCUGCUCAAGCUGGCCAAGGCCAACUCGGAGGCCUCCACCGGCUCCUUCAAGGGGCCGCACCCCGUGCCCGGCGGCGGCCGCAUCCUGCAGGCCCUGCGCACCGGCGGCGCCGGCAAGUAAGCGCCUCGGCAGCGCCGUGGCCCGUGCAACUGUGUGGAGAGGCGGUUGGCGACUUGACACGUGGCAUGGCCUGGACACGCCUGUGAUGGGCAGUGCCCACCCAGAAUUUUGGGAGAGAGCGUUGAGUUAGGCCAAGAGGCGCAGGGUUUGCAGGCUGCCAGUUGUCAAGCUGGUAUUCGGGGCCGCGCCCAGUUUUGGAAGCGCAGGGAUUUUGCGAGCGGUCAUGUGAGCAGUUUUGGAUGCGGUGCUUUGUGCUGGUGUUGUGGGUGUCCGGAGUGGUGAGCGGGUGCGGCAUUUUGGCUUGCCAGCCGCGGGCGGCGUGCAUAUGCCCAGUGAUCCUGGUCAUGUGGUGAAGAGGAAAUGCCCGAUGUAAAAAUGAAUUUGUGAAAACAAGAACAUGCAAUGCAGACCGGAGUCUGCCCAACCAGGGGCGCCUCUGCGCCCAACUUAUCUGACCCCUCCCGCGGUCCCGCCGAAGCUCGGUGAUGUCAAUGGUGAUGCGCCUGCCUGGGUCCCCACAGAUACCGCGGCCCUUCGUCUGCGAAGAUUUAGCCAUGCGUCCCGGCAACAUGGUGGCGGUGGCAUGCCUGUAAACGCGUAGCCUA